UUAAUUUUCUUUGAAUUUAAUGAAAAUUUAGCUCUUUUUAUAAAAAGAACCCUCCACUCCACUUCACUUCACUUCUGUUCUUCAUCGCCAGCCACCCUCCACCACCAUGGCAAAACCUUUUUUCUUAUUCUUCCUCCUAAUCAUCUGCCUACUUUCAUCUUCGCCGGAAUCUCGCCGGCCACCUCCGUUUCCCAGCAAACCUUCACGUCUUCUCAAAACCCAAAACGUUCUUGUUCAGCUGAAGUACAGUUACGAGACACGAUACUUUGAUCAGACGCUUGACCAUUUUAGCUUCAAUGAUCUUCCCAAGUUCCAACAACGUUAUCUCAUCAACUCCGAUCACUGGGUCGGCCCUAAUCGUUUGGGCCCAAUCUUCCUUUAUUGUGGCAAUGAAGGCGACAUCGAAUGGUUCGCCGUCAACACCGGCUUCGUUUGGGAACUCGCCCCUCGUUUUGGUGCCAUGGUCGUCUUCCCUGAACAUCGAUAUUAUGGUGAAUCGAUGCCGUAUGGGAGCCAGAAAGAGGCAUACAAGAACGCUUCUACUUUAGCUUAUCUAACAGCCGAACAAGCACUUGCUGAUUACGCUCUUCUCAUCACCGAUUUGAAGAGAAAUUUGUCUGCCGAAGCUUCCCCUGUAAUUUUGUUCGGUGGAUCAUACGGUGGAAUGUUGGCAGCAUGGAUGAGGCUCAAGUAUCCUCAUAUUGCAAUCGGCGCACUUGCUUCUUCUGCUCCGAUUCUUCAAUUUGAGGAUAUCGUGCCCUUGGAUACGUUUUAUGAUAUCGUCUCCAAUGAUUUCAAACGAGAAAGCAGAAGCUGUUUUGAUACAAUAAAGAAAUCUUGGAAUAUAAUAAAUUCGAUGGGUCAGAAAGCAAAUGGUCUUGAUCAUCUUGCCAAAACUUUCCACUUAUGUGGGAAACUAAAUAAAAGUGAGGAUCUUUCUGAUUGGUUGGAUUCAGCGUAUAGUUAUUUGGCAAUGGUGGAUUAUCCAUACCCAACAGAAUUCCUAAUGCCAUUGCCUGCAUACCCUAUAAAAGAGGUUUGCAAAGAGAUAGACAAUUCCCCUGAUGAUAGGAGUGGGAGUGGGAGUAGUGUUUUGGAGGGUAUCUUUAAAGGUGUGAGUGUGUAUUACAAUUACACCGGAAAAGCCGAUUGCUUUCAAUUGGAUGAUGAUCCCCAUGGCAUGAAUGGUUGGAAUUGGCAGGCAUGCACGGAAAUGGUGAUGCCGAUGUCUAGUGACAGAGACUCGAGCAUGUUUCCGGAAUGGGAAUAUAAUUCCACUUCUUAUGCGGAGGAAUGUUGGAAUCAAUUCCGGGUCAUUCCUAGGCCCACUUGGAUUACCACGGAAUUCGGUGGACAUGAUUACAAAUCUGUGUUGAAAAAAUUUGGAAGCAACAUCAUCUUCUCAAAUGGUCUCUUGGAUCCUUGGAGCGGUGGCAGUGUUUUGGAAAACGUGUCAGAAAGCGUAGUUGCUCUUGUGACAGAAAAAGGUGCACAUCAUUUGGAUCUACGUGCAGCCACAGGAGAUGAUCCUGAUUGGUUGGUGAAUCAAAGGGAGUCUGAAGUUGAAAUCAUUCAGGGUUGGAUCAAUGAUUAUUACGACAAUAAGAAAGCCGUUUUUAACAUGUAAAGAUUCUUGGUUUUUGUUGGUAGUUACAAAUGUUGUAUAGGCUUCUAAGGGAAACUUUUGUUCCACGUGUGUAUGUAUAUAACUUGUUGUAUUUUUAUUAAUAAAAUUUCACGUACAA